GAAGUUGGCGUCGGAGGUCGUAAAGUGCCGUUCGUUUCCGUUCUCUUUUUUCGUAAAGCACUGUUUCCGGAGACGGGCAAUUAUUAAACGAGUGUUUCGUGGGGUGCGUGCGGAGAAAUCGAGCGACCGACCGGUCUCGAGAUCAGGGUUUCUUUCGCGAGAGCGAGGGAGGAAUUCGAUCGUCCAUCGAGAGCUCUCCCGUGUGGGUCGGAAAUGGCGAUCUGAAGAUGACGGUUCCGUCGUGUCUGCUUUGCUGCUGAGGUUUUCUUGAGCGCCAUGGAGGAGGGUUACACUAGUCUUCCCGCCAGUCACUUGCUCGGCUCCGUUCCGGCUGUGAUUGCUGAAGACAAGACGACAAGCGUCGCUAGUGAAGCGGCAUCAACUGCAAACUUGCAUUUGUUUCCACCAUCUAAUGGAGGCUAUCAGGCUCCUGGCACUCCUAGUGGUGCUGAUGAACAAACGACAUCUAGUUGGCAAGGAGUAUUUAGCAUUUCGUCAUAUAGUUCAUACUUCAAUGUUGAUACUGAUGUUGUGGUGGAGAGAAUCAUCAGUUCAGUGUACCCUAUGAAUGACUUCUACAGGAAGAUUGAUGGUAAUCCUGAUCUAUAUGGUCCUAUUUGGAUAUCAGCUACGUUGAUGUUCAUGCUUGCUGCUCUUGGAAAUUUUGGCACUUACCUGAUGAAAAAAAGAAACGAUUCAAGUACCACAUGGACAUUUGAUGUGACUUAUGUAGAGUGGUCAGCAUGUGCAAUAUUUGGCUAUAUGCUUGCUGUACCUGCUGCAUUUUACUUCUUGCUCCAGUAUUUUGGAUUUAGAACAAGCCUCGUACGUCUCUGGUGCAUGUGGGGUUAUUCUUUGUUCAUCUUUAUGCCCAUUUGUUUGUUGCUGGUUGUUCCUGUUGAGCUUUUCCGGUGGAUCAUCAUACUCCUCGCUGGCAUUGCUUCAUCUUGGUUCAUUGCUGUGAACCUGAAAGCUUAUACUCAAUCUAGUGAUCUGAUGAUGUUAAUUGUUGGCGCUAUGGUAUUGCAGUUUGCUUUAGCUCUUUUCAUCAAGAUGUUCUUCUUCCCAUAAGUCUGUCAACAAGGAUUUUCCUGUGUGCAACCUCUGUUAUUUGCUUUUAUAGGUGGUCUUGAAGAUGCACUUGUUUGCUUGAACCACAGAACACCUUGGCAUGGAAGCAGCAUGAUGUAUCUGUUUGACAAAUCAGUUUUCGCUGUGAAGAAACAUCAAGCUUCUGUAUUAUAAUCAGUCGUCGUAUCAGAGAUGCUGUGAACUUUUUCUCUCUACAUGAAGUAGUCCUUUUGCUUGUUUUCUUCUGCUGGGUGAUGUGACGAGCAUUUUAGGAUCCUACACUCUGCUACUAGACUAUUGAGAUUUUUUUUUCCCCUCUUUUGAGAGUGUUACUAUGGGUAUACAAAUGGAUGUUACCUUUUAGAAGACGGUUGACGGAUUGAUAUAUAGUUCAUCGUGAUCAUAUUUCUGCCCAAUUUUUUCUGUUUGUUACUGUAAUUAGUCUAUCCAACUUGUUUCUACAAGUGAUCAUUGUUAAUUGUCGUUGACCGCAAAA